UCUCUGGGAGCGCUCAGCAGAGGGGGACGGAGGGUGCACGGUGGCAGCGGUCGGGCUCCUACCCCAGCCACAGUUCGUGCACGGUUUCGAGGCCCACAGCCCCUUGUAUCCCCUGUGUGAGCCCCCGGCCAGGAUGCAGAGCAUGCUGUGGAGCUGCUUGCCCGUGGUGCUGGGGCUGCUGCUCUGGCACCCCGCCAGCGCCAUCGGCCCUUGCUGGGAGAGCAGCAAAUGCCAGGAUGUCACCAGCGAGGCCGGCGUUUUGGCGUGUGCCGAGGCGUGCAGAGCCGACCUGUCAGCCGAGGCGCCCGUCUACCCGGGCAAUGGGCACCUCCAGCCCCUCUCCGAGAGCAUCCGCAAGUAUGUCAUGAGCCAUUUCCGCUGGAACAAGUUCGGCCGGAGGAACAGCAGCAGCGGCGGGGGGCACAAACGGGAGGAGGCCACGGGGAGCAACCCACCUCCCGCAUCCCUGCCCGCCAUCCCGCUGUCCCGCCGUGAGGAAGAGCAAGGAACCGGGCUGGAGCGGGAGGAAGGCAAACGCUCCUACUCCAUGGAGCACUUCCGCUGGGGAAAGCCAGUGGGACGCAAGAGGAGACCCAUCAAGGUCUUCCCCAACGGGGUGGAGGAGGAGUUGGCUGAGAACUACCCGCUGGAGUUCAGGCGGGAGCUGGUGCUCGACAGCACCGGGGCACCGCCUGAGGAGGAAGAGGAGGAAGGCCAGGAGGAGGAGAAGGCGGCCCGUGGCUCGUACCGCAUGCACCACUUCCGCUGGCACCCCCCCGUGAAGGACAAGCGCUACGGGGGCUUCAUGACCUCAGAGCACAGCCAGACCCCUCUAGUGACUCUCUUCAAAAACGCCAUCAUCAAGAGCACCUACAAGAAGGGGCAGUGAUGGGGGAGAGCCCGAGGGGCGUCCCACCUCCCUCCCAUAGCUUUAGUGUCCCGCUGGCAUGUGUUUCACUUAGAGAUCACUUGUUAUGUCGUUCUUAAUUAGUACUCCCAAGGGGUCUGCUCCCGGAUUGCGCUGGGUGGGAACAGGUUAGGGAUACAGCCAUCCACUGCUUCGCUGCGCCCACUGGACACGCACAGGGAGCAGGGAUGAUGCCCGGUCCGGAGCGCGCCGGAUGAUUUUCGUAUUCUCACUGAGCUGUACAAUACUGUAAAUGAUAGAUUAAAAGAAUUCUAAAAUAAUAAUAAUAAUGAUAAAA